GGAAGAGAGCUGUGAACAUUACAUAUGCCACCUCUUUAAUUUCUUCUUCCUCUCUCCCGCAUCCCUGUGCUCCCAUUCACUUAAACGCCGGCCGCCGCCACGAUGAGCUCCAUUAUUCAAAGCUUUCAGAAGAACCAUUCACUCCCUCUCUCACAAGCCGACUCCACCGCCGACCAGAAGCCAUGCUUUCGCCGCAGGCUAUCUUCUCUCUCCCUAAGGAUUCAGCCCCUCUCUUCGCAAACAGCUUCCUGGGCCUUUCAGAGAUCAAAAUCAGUUUCCUCCGUGGGAGAAUACGCGGGAACUUCGAUAAGAAAGUGGUGGGACUGGGGGUGGACUUGGAUCUUGUCGAGAAAGCCCGUGUUCGCUAAAGAUCUGGAAAUGAAUGAGGAAGAAACUGUGAUUCUGGGUUUCCACAAUAGAGGAAGUUGGAGACAUGUUUUUUACAAGGUUAGGUCAGAGACGAGAAAGCUUCUGGGAUCUGAUAAAGUUGGUCUUCCUCUAUCGUGCAAUUAGUACCCUUCUUUUGAUUAUUCCAAGAGUUUCGAUGAUGGAAAGUGGUUGUUUCAAGGCUAAUGUAAGUAAUUUUCAGUUCUCUUGUGUGACAAAUAUUAUUAAUUGAAGGUGGUGUUCACAGAACAAAGCUCAAUCUGGCUAGCUAUUUUCUGGAAUAAGAUCCGUAAAUGGAGAAGAUAGAGAAGAAAAAGAAAGACUUUUUGUUGUAUGGGUUCAAUUUUAAUUACUCUAUUUAAUGUUGUUAUGGCUCCUUUUGUUAAUGUUGAUUCAUGAAGAAGCGUCCGGAGGAAGAAGAUGAUAGAAUCUGGGCUGUUCGAGGUCUUUAUUUAUUCUACAUGUUUAUUAGACA